AUGAUGAUGAUAACUUUUGGAGUUAUUGCUGGACUAGGUCUCGGAUUAGUUUACGUUACCGCUGUGGUUUCUAUAGCUUAUUGGUUUGAGAAGAAAAGGAAUCUUGCUGUUGGCUUAGGUGUUUCUCCAGAGAAAGUAAUAAAUGACGAGGCUGCAGCUAUUAAAAGACAUGAAAACAUUUUGUCAUAUACAAGGAACAAUAUUCAGGUUUCAAAAUCUGUGGAAAAUCUGCCAACAUACCUUACGUACGAUGACAAGGUAUCUUUGAAGACCUUAGAAAGAAUUAUUCAUGCUGGCACUCAAAAUAAUGGUGAGAUUAAGUAUCCGACUUUUGCAAACAAAAGGGAUGAGAAGACGAAGAAGACUAUCGAGUUUAAGGAAACUUACGAUCCACCGGCAGUGGCUUAUACAGAUCAUUUUCUUAAACGUACUCAUUCGGAAAAGUACAGCUAUCGAAAAGUAAAACCUUCUAAAAGAUAUCAACUAAAGAAUGCCGAUCAGAACGAAACGUUGAAAUUACUGAAUUCCGAAAUAAAAAGCACUGAUAAAAUUGUAAAACAAGACAGUAAGGAGAACCGUCGAGAAUGGUUCAAGAAACAGUUGUCGGUGAACCAUCAUUACUUAAAAGACUUGAAAAUGCCUCUGAAUUCAAUAAGCCAUAGAAACGCCAUGUUGAACAUAAAGAUAUAUCGCCUGAAAGCGUCGUCUUGCCCGGAUAUAUUUAAAAAUUCUAUGAUCACGAUAAACGAGAAGGAAGAGAAAUGGUACAACGGCUGUUUGAGUUGUUUCGCGGAUAUGUUCAAUGUUUCAUUGUUCAAGAAGAUGACCUUCAACCUUAUGUGCCUGGGCACUUUGAUUCUGUUCGUCUGGUUCAUCGUUCCAUAUUUCUAUUUGGCGGAGCACAUGAUCCACAGAGGCUAUACAGAGGACGAUGGCGCUGUUAUGUUGAGCCUGAUUGGCAUCACUAACACGAUUGGAAUGGUCGGUCUUGGUUGGAUUGGGGAUUUCCCUAAAGUCUCCAUUGGAAACUUGUACGCAAUCUGUCUGGUUCUAUGUGGUGCGUCGGUUGCGGCCAUACCAUCUGCAGCUGCUAAUUAUUGGGCCUUAGCAUUGAUUACAUCAGCUUUUGGCUUACUUUUCGCCGCAUCGUUCACUUUUACACCAAGCCUGCUGGUGAAAUUGGUGUCCUUAGACGAUUUUACUUCCGCCUACGGACUGGUGUUGCUAGCACAGGGCAUUGGACAUUUAAUUGGACCUCCUUUAUCUGGUCUCAUCUACGAUUUGACAUUCUCCUGGGAGUUAGCGUUCUAUCUCGCCGGUGGUUGGAUAAUUGUUUCUGGCGUCCUUAUGUCCUUCAUCCAACCCGUAAGGAAUUAUCAGGAAAAGCGGGAGAAUUUAGAAAAUGGCGACGGAUCAAGCUUUGCC